CUCUUGUUUCCCCAAAUGGGUUUUUGGUUUUUUGUUUUUAUCCUUCUAACACUGUUCUUUAGAACUUUAGUCUGUCAACAACCCAAUACUGAUGAGUACUUUCUCUCUGAUUUCUUUCAAAAGAUGGGUUUAACUUCUUCUCAAAGUUACAACUUUUCUGAUCCUGUUUGUACAUGGCAAGGAGUGUUGUGUGAACAAGAACAUGUUAUUAAGCUUGUAGCUUCUGGUCUAAGUCUAUCUGGUUUGAUUCCUGAAUCCACCAUUGGCAAACUCAUAAAACUUCAAUAUUUGGAUCUAAGCAAUAACAAAAUCACUGGUUUGCCUUCAGAUUUUUGGAGUUUGGGUUCACUCAAGACCCUCAAUCUCUCAUCCAACCAAAUUUCUGAGACCCUCCCAAGCAACAUAGGCAAUUUUGGUCUACUUGAGACCUUGGACCUGUCUAGCAACAAUUUUUCUGGGAAAAUCCCUGAAACUUUAAGCUCACUUGUUAGACUUCAAGCUCUCAAACUCAAUGGAAACCGUUUCGAUUCAAUAAUCCCAUUUGGGAUUCUGAGUUGCCAUUCUUUGGUUUCACUUGAUCUUUCAUCAAAUCAGCUAAAUGGAAAUCUUCCCAAUGGUUUUGGUUCUGCAUUUACUAACCUCAAAUAUUUGAACCUUGCUCAAAAUGAGAUUCGUGGCCGGGCUUCAGAUUUUUCCGGGAUGAUAUCCACUUUGUAUCUUAACAUUUCAAGAAAUCUGUUUUCGGGUUCUGUAAUUGGUGUUUUUAAGGUUCCAUUGGAGAUAAUUGACUUGAGCCAAAACCAGUUUGAUGGUCACAUCUCUCAGGUAUAUUUUAAUUCUAGCUUCAAUAGGUCUGGUUUGGUUUAUUUAGACUUAUCUGAGAAUCAUCUUAGUGGAGAUGGAGAGUUUUUUACAAACUUGAAUGAAGCCCAGAAUCUAAAACACCUUAAUCUCGCUUAUAAUCGGUUCUCUGAACAAGCAUUCCUGAAAAUUAGUAUGCUCUCUGGUUUAGAGUACCUCAACUUGUUAGCUGGGGUAAUCAUCCCUGCUGAAAUCUCAGAGUUGAGUAGUUUGAGAACACUAGAUCUUUCCAAAAAUCGCCUCAGCAGCCAAAUUCCUCUCUUGAGCAUCAAAAACCUCCAAUUUCUUGAUGUUUCAUACAAUAAUUUAAGUGGUGAAAUCCCAUUACCACUCUUGGAAAGACUCUCAUCGAUGCAGACUUUCAACUUCUCUUACAACAACUUAACCCUUUGUGGUGAAGGGUAUUCAUCUGAGACCCUGAAAACAGCUUUCAUUGGGUCACUGAAUAGCUGCCCAAUUGCUGCAAAUCCAAACCUCUUUAAAAGGAAAGCUCACCAACAUAGGGGCUUCAAGUUUGCUUUGGUUUUAACGACCGCGCUGGUUUGUUUGCUUUUGGCGUUGCUGUUUUUAGCCUUUUGUUGCCGAAGAAAAACCAAAACUUGGGCAAUGAAACAGUACCCUUGCAAAGAAGAACAAAACAUUUCCGGACCCUUUUCAUUCCAAACUGAUUCGACCACGUGGGUAGCUGAUGUUAAGCUGGCAACAUCGGUCCCAGUAGUUAUCUUUGAGAAGCCAUUGCUGAAUUUCACAUUUGCAGACCUCUUGUCUGCAACUUCACAUUUUGACCGGGGCACAUUGUUGGCUGAAGGGAGAUUCGGGCCUGUUUAUGGAGGAUUUCUACCGGGUGGGAUUCACGUAGCUGUGAAGGUUUUGGUCCAUGGACCAACAACCAUGACUGACCAAGAAGCUCAAGUUGCAAGAGAGCAGCUCGAGCUUCUUGGUCGAAUCAAGCACCCAAAUCUUGUUCCAUUAAUUGGAUAUUGCCUAGCUGGUGACCAACGGCUUGCCAUAUACGAUUACAUGGAGAACGGAAAUUUGCAAAAUUUGCUUCAUGACUUGCCACGUGAGGUUCAAACAGCUGAGGAUUGGAGCAAAGAUGAAAAUGAUGGGAUUCAAAAUGUUGGGUCUGAAGAGUUGUUAACAACUUGGACAUUUAGGUACAAAAUCGCACUUGGCACUGCCCGAGCCUUGGCAUUUCUCCAUCAUGGGUGCUCACCUCCUAUAACUCACAGGGAUGUCAAAGCGAAUAGUGUUUACAUUGACUCCAAUUUGGAACCUAGGUUGUCUGAUUUUGGACUGGCUAAGAUUUUUGGGAAUGGCAUAGAAGAUGAAAUAGUUUGUGGGUCACCCGGGUAUGUGCCACCAGAGUUUCUUGAUCCAAAAACUGGCUCCGCAAAGAUCCCAACGCCAAAAUCUGAUGUUUAUGGAUUUGGAGUAGUUCUGUUUGAGCUCAUUACAGGAAAAAAGCCUGUUGAAGAUGACUAUCCAGAUGCGAAAGAAGCAAAUUUGGUCAUGUGGGUGAGAGGACUAGUGAGAAAGAACGAGGGAUGUAAAGCCAUCGAUCCAAAAAUUCGUGAAAAAGGAUCAGAGACUCAAUUGUUGGAAGCCCUGAAGAUUGGAUUUCUAUGUACAGCUGAUCUUCCAUCGAAGCGACCAAGCAUGCAACAGGUAGUUGGACUUCUUAAGGAUAUUGAACCGGUUAUGAUGCAUCAAUGAAGAACAAAGUGAAGUAAAGAAAUUUGAAAGUCUGGUUCUUUGCAUUUUUUGUGUGUUUUGUUUCUUGUUAGAGUUCUUUGUGUUGCCAUUGAUGGAAAUGUACAGAAAUCCUGAGAAUUUGGCUAAUUUCUUUCUACCUUACCAUCCUUGGUGGCACAAAAAGCUUGAUUUGUUUAUAAAGAGAGCAUUCUUGUCACAAAUAUUCAAUUGCUUCUCUUGCUCUACAUUUGAUUCUUUCAUCUCCUGUAAGCAUACUGAAACAAGCGUUGAACUAGGGUGAGGUAUGAAAUUUGGGUUUUGUUUCAUAUGA